AUGAACGAGUACCAAGCACUAACUCCAGAGAUUCAAGUUCCGAAGGAAUGGACGGUGGAUGGUAUAAAGAACAUAGUAGAAUACUUGGUCCAGGAUGCAAUUAAUUGUCAUCGAUCGGGAAAGAAGUUUGUCAUGACUGUAGGAAACGUGCCGGCUAUGAUUAAGGACAACGGGACCAAGCCGGGGUAUGUUUUCAAAAAGAUAAAAGAAAUAAAAAACGAAGACACUUGCAAAAUUGAUUUAAUAAUUCCGGCGAGAAUUACUAUAUUAAAGCGUACAAAUAUCGGUCCUAAUGACAAAAAAGAGGAGGCGGUAGAAUAUCUACCGAUGAAUCUUAAAUUUGAUCAUCCAAUUGCAAAAUUUGUUUCUACAAACCCUGAUCGUCACACAGUUAUGACAAUUGUUCCAGACGUUGAAAAGAUUUUAUUAUUGAAAGGCAUCGUAGGUUCAGAAAAGUACAAUUAUACCUUAAGAACGACAUAUAGAGUUCACAACAUCAAGUGGCUCGAUGAUACUAUGUCUGACAUGGAAACGGGCGAGUCUACCGCAGAAUCUUUCAUAGUUAAUGCACACCAGAUUUCGAAAAAUAAAUGGGACAUUGUGGGUUAUAACCGUCCGCCGCAACCUCAGUAA